GUUCACUUUUUCCUUCUCGUCCCAAACGGUCAGAACCAGAUUCCCAGUCGGAGAAGGAGACACCCGAACCGGGACGGGUUCUGUGUCUUUCUGGAUCUGCAGGUAACGCUCUCCAGAGAUGGGUGAUUGGAGCGCUCUGGGUCGGCUGCUGGACAAGGUCCAGGCCUACUCCACAGCCGGGGGCAAGGUGUGGCUGUCGGUCCUCUUCAUCUUCAGGAUCCUGGUCCUGGGCACGGCGGUGGAAUCGGCCUGGGGGGACGAGCAGUCGGCCUUCAAAUGCAACACGCAGCAGCCCGGCUGCGAGAACGUCUGCUACGACAAGUCCUUCCCCAUCUCCCACGUCCGCUUCUGGGUCCUGCAGAUCAUCUUCGUGUCCACGCCCACGCUGCUCUACCUGGCCCACGUCUUCUACCUGCACCGCAAGGAGCAGAAACUCAACCGCAAGGAGGAGGAGCUUAAGGCCGUGCAGAACGACGGCGGAGACGUGGACGUGCCGCUGAAGAAGAUCGAGCUGAAGAAGCUGAAGUACGGCAUCGAGGAGCACGGCAAGGUCAAGAUGAAGGGCGGUCUGCUGAGAACCUACAUAGUCAGCAUUUUUUUCAAGUCCUUGUUUGAGGUGGGCUUCCUGGUCAUCCAGUGGUACAUGUACGGCUUCAGCCUGGCCGCCGUGUACACCUGUGAGAGGUCCCCGUGUCCCCACAGGGUGGACUGCUUCCUGUCCCGUCCCACAGAGAAGACCGUCUUCAUCAUUUUCAUGCUGGUGGUCUCGCUGGUGUCCCUCCUGCUGAACGUCAUCGAGCUCUUCUACGUCUUUUUUAAGAGGAUCAAGGACCGGGUGAAGGGAAAACAGCAGCCGGCCCUGUACGCCAGCGGGGGGACCCUGACCCCCACCCCCAAGGAACUGUCCACCACCAAGUACGCCUACUACAACGGCUGCUCGUCCCCCAGCGCCCCGCUCUCCCCCAUGUCCCCGCCGGGCUACAAGCUGGCCACGGGGGAGCGGGGGACCGGCUCCUGCCGCAACUACAACAAACAGGCCACCGAGCAGAACUGGGCCAACUACUCCACCGAGCAGAACCGGCUGGGACAAACCGGUGGAGGAAGUACUAUAUCCAACUCCCACGCUCAAGCCUUUGACUUUCCCGACGACGCCCACGAGCACAAGAAGCUGCCGCCGUCAGCGGGACACGAACUGCAGCCGCUGGCUCUGAUCGACGCCAGGCCCUGCAGCCGGGCCAGCAGCAGGAUGAGCAGCCGGGCCAGACCCGACGACCUGGACGUGUAGACCCCGGUGUCAGACCCUGGUGUCAGACCCCGGUGUCAGACCCCGGUGUCAGACCCUGGUGUCAGACCCCGGUGUCAGACCCCGGUGUCAGACCCCGGUGUCAGACCCCGGUGUCAGACCCCGGUGUCAGACCCCCAGGAGGAGCAGCGGGCUGUGUUUCAGUCCAGAUCUGUUUGAAAGCUGGGACUAACCUGUCCGUCAGUAGAGAAACACUCAAACACAAAGUAACAUUUUAAAGGUACGACUUGCAACAACUUUCUCUCUGAAUAUUUCAGGAAAGUCUCACAUUAAGAAAAAUCAGAUUAAAGGGUUAAAUUGGUUCAGAAUUAACAAAUUAAAGUUUUAUUUAGUUAAACUCCUGACUUUAAACCUGAGCUGGAAAAAUGAGCAGUGUGUGAAGGUUUCAUCUCUUCACACACUUAAAGUGAUCCAUGAUUAGUUGUAACAUUAGACGUUAUUUAAAAACAUAUAUUUUAACUGUAAAAUAAAGACUGUAAAAAUAC